GUUUCGUUAUCAAGUCCAAAGGAAAGGAUCUCGAGCGUGGCUCCGCUUGACUGGUUCGGGUCCAUAAGCGGCGGGAAGAGCGGGGACUGAUGCAUCAAGGAACAAAGGAAAAAGGCAGAUGACGUCCGUUUAGGAGAGAGAGGCAGAGGGGUCAAUGGUCAAUCAAUGAAGCAAAUCCAGAGACAGAGAGACGAGGGGGAGAGAGCAAUGGAUAUGGAAGAGGAGGAAGGCGGCAAGGUGAGGGCUUUGAUAGAGAAGGCUACCAAUUCCACGGCCAGGGAAGUUGACCCCCGCCUCCUCAAGUCCAUCAAGUCCGUCGUUCGCUAUUCCGACUCCGAGCUCCGGGUCGCCGCCCAAACUCUCAUGUCCCUCAUGAAGCGUAACCAUUCCCAGGUGCGGUACCUGUCACUGCUGAUAGUAGAUGAACUGUUUAUGCGGUCGAAGCUUUUCAGGACCCUCAUCGUCGAAAAUCUGGAUCAGUUAUUGAGUUUUAGUGUCGGGUUCCGAAGAAAUAUGCCUCUUCCUGCUCCUGCAGUGAUUGCUUCUUGCUUGCGAUCGAAGGCGAUUGAGUUUCUGGAGAAGUGGAACGCUUCCUUUGGCGUCCAUUACAGGCAGCUCAGGUUAGGAUUCGAUUACUUGAAGAACACCCUCAGACUGCAGUUCCCUGAUCUCCAGGCGAACGCAGCCAGGAUUCAACAGGAGAGGAGGGAAAGAGAGAUGAGGACGAGAGAGAUUCUGCAGAAGAAAUUUGAUGCUCUCAAGGAGAAUUUUGGCUCCAUGAAGGACGAAGUCCAGUCCACGAUCGAUGAGAUCGAGCAGUGUUUGGAUAUUGUUCGUACAAGAGACAAACUUGUGCCCCCUUUCCCCCUUGAUGAUGAAGAUGUCGGUGAGUUCCGUUCACGUGAACUUCUGCAGAUACGUCUCUCAUCAUUGAAAGAAGGGGAAAGAGUUCAUGAGAACCAGGACAAUAGAGUUGUGUUUGACACACUGAGAGAGCUUUAUAAGUUCCUUGUCGCAAAGCACUUGGCUUCUGUCCAAGAAUCAAUCACGGUUGUCGUGCGAGCAGAUGCGACAGACAGCAGGGUGAGGGACUCCACUUUGAAGGAGCUGAUCAAGAUCCAAAACAAGAUUCACGACGUGAAAAAGAAAUGUGAAGAAUUAGUCAGCGAACCUUCAAUUCCUGGAAAGCAUGAUGCAGAAGAAGAAGACGACUUCUGGGAAGAGGGAAAGGUCGGAGAGCUCGAAGACAGCACUACAAGGGCACCUAAAGAUCGUGUCGAGGAUCUGAGUCUGCCAUCAACUAGUGGUGCGAAAGAAAAUUCUAGAUGUGAUAUAGAAGAUUCCAAUAGCGACAAGAAACCUGAUUGUGCACGUGUUCCGGAUGAUUCGGGUUCUUUGAAGAGUAAGCUUUUGGCUGAAGCUCCAGUGGUGAAAUGGGGCUCUUGUUUGGACAAGUGGGGUUCCAGCGAUGGCGUUUUGGCUAAUCAGAGGGGAUUGGAGCUGGAAAGCCACUGGGGUCGGGUGGACUAUGAUGCGGUUAUUCCAGCCGAAAAAAUCGCAGAGUUGAAUGUCCAGGCAACCGUUUACAAGGAAGAGCGAGCAACCCCUCAGCCUUGCCGUGCUCCUUUGAGCAAUGGGGCACUCUGUCAAAGAAGAGAUCUAAAAGUCUGCCCUUUCCAUGGACCCGUUGUAUCUCGAGACAAUGAAGGCAGACCAAUCAAUCAGGGGCAUUCAGCAGAAAAAGAAUUUCACGAACCGGAGAAUGAUCUAGUGAAAACAUUAGCUGAACAAGCUGUUAAAAAUGUUAGGACGCGGGAUAGAGAGGAAGGCGAGAGGAGGAUGCAUGAUAGGAAAGCGCUGAAACGUGCAAAGCUCGCUAAAAUUCGUGAACACAAUGAAGCGGUUCUUAGGGAUGCUGCAUUGGCUUCUACUUCGAGGUCUGCAGCUAUUGGGGAAGAAGUGGAUGUGGCUGUGGGUGGAAAAUCAUCGGCUAGGAGCAAGAAGCAGACUCUUGCAUCAAUGCUACGGAAGAAAGCGACUGCGAAGGAUAGGCUAUCCCGGAGGUUACUGAAUGCCCGUGCAGCGGAUUCAACCACGACGCAACUGACCACUGAUGAGGAUCAACGUUACAGGGAAGCCUUUCCGAACCAGUGGUAGACGGGCUGUUUGUUCUGUAAGAUUUGAUGGGUUUUGCUGGCUUUCAAGAGCCCUGAGUUAAGAUACAGAUUAGGUUUUUUAUCUUCAUCUGAGGGUGGAAGUGGAAGCACUUUAUUUCCAGGAAGAAGUUCUUGGUCGGCAAACACCUCGAUAGUAACCUUGUACCACGGCUUUUCUUGAUGUAUUUAUGUACAUGUAAAAGAUGGGGAGGGAGGCAUUUCGCUUGAAGAGCCCUGAAAUAAGCUCCAUUUUUUAUUCUUA